AUGGAGCCGCGGGACGGUAGCCCCGAGGCCGGGAGCAGCGGCUCCGAGUCGGCCUCCGCCUCGUCCAGCGGCUCCGAGCGCGACGCCGGCCCCGAGCCGGACCGGACGCCGCGGCGCCUCAGCAAGCGGCGCUUCCCGGGGCUGCGGCUCUUCGGGCACAGGAAAGCUAUCACCAAGUCGGGCCUCCAGCACCUGGCACCCCCUCUUCCUGCUCCCGGGGCCCCGUGCAGCGAGCCAGAGCGGCAGAUCCGGAGCACUGUGGACUGGAGCGAGUCGGCAACCUAUGGGGAACACAUCUGGUUCGAGACCAACGUGUCGGGGGACUUCUGCUAUGUCGGGGAGCAAUACUGUGUAGCGAAGAUGCUGCAGAAGUCGGUGCCCCGGAGAAAGUGUGCAGCCUGCAAGAUCGUGGUGCACACCCCCUGCAUAGCACAGCUGGAGAAGAUAAAUUUCCGCUGUAAGCCGUCCUUCCGUGAAUCAGGCUCCAGGAAUGUCCGUGAGCCAACCUUUGUGCGGCACCACUGGGUACACCGGCGACGCCAGGAUGGCAAGUGUCGGCACUGUGGGAAGGGCUUCCAGCAGAAGUUCACCUUCCACAGCAAGGAGAUUGUGGCCAUCAGCUGCUCCUGGUGCAAGCAAGCGUACCACAGCAAGGUGUCCUGCUUCAUGCUGCAGCAGAUCGAGGAGCCGUGCUCCCUGGGGGUCCACGCUGCUGUGGUCAUCCCACCCACCUGGAUCCUCCGUGCCCGCAGGCCCCAGAACACCCUGAAGGCAAGCAAGAAGAAAAAGAGAGCUUCCUUCAAGCGGAAAUCCAGCAAGAAAGGUCCCGAGGAGGGCCGCUGGAAACCCUUCAUCAUCAGGCCCACCCCAUCCCCCCUCAUGAAGCCCCUGCUGGUGUUUGUGAACCCCAAGAGUGGGGGCAACCAGGGUGCAAAGAUCAUCCAGUCUUUCCUCUGGUAUCUCAAUCCCCGACAAGUCUUUGACCUGAGCCAGGGAGGGCCCAAGGAGGCGCUGGAGAUGUACCGCAAAGUGCACAACCUGCGGAUCCUGGCGUGCGGGGGUGACGGCACAGUCGGCUGGAUCCUCUCCACCCUGGACCAACUGCGCUUAAAGCCACCGCCACCUGUUGCCAUCCUGCCCCUGGGCACUGGCAACGACUUGGCCCGCACCCUCAACUGGGGCGGGGGCUACACAGAUGAGCCCGUGUCCAAGAUCCUCUCCCACGUGGAGGAGGGGAACGUGGUGCAGCUGGACCGCUGGGACCUCCGCGCCGAGCCCAACCCUGAGGCGGGGCCCGAGGAGCGUGAAGAGGGUGCCACUGACCGGCUGCCUCUGGACGUCUUCAACAACUACUUCAGCCUGGGCUUUGAUGCCCACGUCACCCUGGAGUUCCACGAGUCUCGAGAGGCCAACCCAGAGAAAUUCAACAGCCGCUUUCGGAACAAGAUGUUCUACGCCGGGACAGCCUUCUCCGACUUCCUGAUGGGCAGCUCCAAGGACUUGGCCAAGCACAUCCGAGUGGUGUGUGAUGGGACUGACCUGACCCCCAAGAUUCAGGACCUGAAACCCCAGUGCAUUGUUUUCCUGAACAUCCCCAGGUACUGCGCAGGCACCAUGCCCUGGGGCCACCCUGGGGAGCACCACGACUUUGAGCCCCAGCGGCAUGAUGACGGCUACCUCGAGGUCAUCGGCUUCACCAUGACGUCCCUGGCAGCGCUGCAGGUGGGCGGGCACGGUGAGCGGCUGACGCAGUGCCGGGAGGUGGUGCUCACCACGUCCAAGGCCAUCCCGGUGCAGGUGGACGGCGAGCCCUGCAAGCUCACCGCCUCGCGCAUUCGCAUCGCCCUGCGCAACCAGGCCACCAUGGUGCAGAAGGCCAAGCGGCGCAGCGCCACGCCCCUGCACAGCGACCAGCAGCCGGUGCCCGAGCAGCUACGGAUCCAAGUGAGCAGGGUCAGCAUGCACGACUACGACGCCCUGCAUUACGACAAGGAGCAGCUCAAGGAGGCCUCCGUGCCGCUGGGCACCGUGGUGGUCCCAGGAGACAGUGACCUAGAGCUCUGCCGCGCCCACAUCGAGAGGCUCCAGCAGGAGCCGGAAGGUGCUGGAGCCAUGUCCCCGGCGUGCCAAAAACUGUCCGCCAAGUGGUGCUUCCUGGACGCCACCACUGCCAGCCGCUUCUACAGGAUCGACCGAGCCCAGGAACACCUCAACUAUGUGACUGAGAUCGCCCAGGACGAGAUUUAUAUCCUGGACCCAGAGCUGCUGGGGGCAUCGGCCCGGCCUGACCUCCAAACCCCCACUUCUCCUCUCCCCACCUCCCCCUGCUCACCCACACCCCAGUCACUGCCAGGGGAUGCUGCCCCCCCUAAAGGUGAAGAGCUGGUUGAGGCUGCCAAGAGGAACGACUUCUGUAAGCUCCAGGAGCUGCACCGAGCUGGGGGGGACCUCAUGCACCGAGAUGGUCAGAGUCGCACGCUCCUGCACCACGCAGUCAGCACUGGCAGCAAGGAAGUGGUCCGCUACCUGCUGGACCACGCCCCCCAGGAGAUCCUUGAUGCUGUAGAGGAAAACGGGGAGACCUGUCUGCACCAGGCAGCGGCCCUGGGCCAGCGCACCAUCUGCCACUACAUCGUGGAAGCAGGGGCCUCGCUCAUGAAGACAGACCAGCAGGGCGACACUCCCCGGCAGCGGGCAGAGAAGGCUCAGGACUCGGAGCUGGCCGCCUACCUGGAGAACCGGCAGCACUACCAGAUGAUUCAGCGGGAGGACCAGGAGACGGCUGUGUAG